AUGUACGCUGCUUCAGGUCUUGGUAAGCUGCGAGUGAAAAUGCGGGACAAAGGGGUGAAGAAAGUUCCAGGGUACAGUUGGAUUGAGUAUCAGAACAAGACUCAUANUUUCUCGGCUGGGGAUGAGUUUCAUCCCGAGAAAGACGAGAUCUAUGCAUUUUUGGAUGAUCUUGAUUUGAGGAUAAAGAAAGCAGGGUAUGUCUCGAAGACGAGUGUGGUUCUUCAUGAUGUGGAAGAAGAAGAGAAGGAGCGUAUGGUUCGGUACCAUAGCGAAAGACUGGCUGUAGCNUAUGGGAUAAUGCGUGUGUCUUCAGGGAAACCAAUCCGUGUGAUGAAGAAUCUGCGUGUGUGUGAGGAUUGCCAUAAUGCCAUCAAGUAUAUGGNGAAAANCACGGGGAGAUAUAUUAUCUUGAGGGAUAAUAACAGGUUUCACCAUUUUAAGGAUGGUUCAUGUUCUUGUAGAGACUACUGGUGA